AGAGUCCAUGUAACAUCGGCAGCCACUCCUCUUACUACCGCGAAACGACGCGAAAAUCUUAAAAACCACGUGAAUAUAUAACCGAACAAGUUCCCUACAAGCUUUCCAGUUACUCGCAUCCUUGGGAGUUGGUUUAUUUGUCAGGAUGGGAUGCAUUUAGGAUAUUUCCGCCGGGUGGUGCAUUUCACGGAUUUCCCGCAGAAUUAAUUUUCUGUAAUAUCUUGCUGAAUUUAUUUGAAAGGCUCCACGGGACGAAACGGGAAUUGCACAGGAAGGUGUUCAAGGUUUCCUAAAAACUUGAGGGCUGUUGACAAGUUGACAGGCCACAGUUUUUGAGAAUCACUCCUUCAGUGUGUCGUACAUACUGGACAAAGAGGCAGGAAGGGACGGGGCUGGAAGACCCCAGGUCCCGCGAGGGGCAUCUAAAAUGGUGACAGGAAGUCAGGAGCAGGAGUUUGGUCAACCAGGGGCCAUGGGAGGCCCCCAGGGGCCCAGGCAGCGUCAGCAAGAACUGCCUCUAAGAAUCCUAGUACCUACUCAGUUUGUGGGAGCCAUCAUUGGUAAAGAGGGGCUCACUAUAAAGAACAUUACAAAGCAAACACAGUCCAAGGUAGAUAUCCAUCGUAAGGAGAAUGCCGGGGCAACUGAGAAGGCCAUCACUAUCCACUCAUCUAAAGAGGGCUGUUCACAAGCCUGCAGGAUGAUUUUGGAAAUCAUGGAAAAAGAGGCCAAUGACACUAAGAUUGUUGAGGAGGUUCCUCUGAAGAUCUUGGCUCACAACAGUCUUGUUGGGAGACUCAUAGGGAAAGAGGGCAGGAACCUGAAAAAGAUAGAGCAAGAUACAGGGACCAAGAUCACCAUCUCUGCAUUACAAGACCUGACUGUUUAUAACCAGGAACGUACCAUCACGGUGAGAGGAGGGGUGGAUGAGUGCUGUAAAGCAGAAGUGGAGAUCAUGAAGAAACUAAGAGAAGCCCAUGAGAAUGAUGUGGCUUCAGUUAAUCAGCAGACUAAUAUGAUGGCCGGCCUAAAUCUGAGUGCGCUGGGGAUCUUCUCCUCUGGCAUGUCUGUUCUCCCUCCUGCCUCUGGUCUGCGUGGAUCUCUGUCCACCCCUGCAAACUACAGCCCUCUGCUGGGACCCUCAAUUAUGGGAGGUCUAUAUGGGGUUCCCUCUUCUGGAGCUUUAUCUCUUCAGCAAGCAGGUGGUGAACAGGAAGUGGUUUAUCUCUUCAUCCCCACUCCGGCAGUUGGAGCUCUCAUUGGGAAAAAAGGGCAGCACAUUAAAGAGCUGGCACACUUCGCUGGAGCCUCAAUAAAAAUUGCUGCACCAGAGAGCCCUGAUGAACCCGAGAGGAUGGUCAUCAUCACUGGACCACCAGAGGCUCAGUUCAAGGCACAGGGGAGGAUAUAUGGAAAGCUGAAAGAAGAGAAUUUUUUCACAGCUAAAGAAGAGGUGAAGUUGGAGGCGCAUAUAAAGGUGCCAUCAACUGCUGCAGGACGAGUCAUUGGAAAGGGUGGGAAAACGGUCAAUGAGCUGCAGAAUCUCACCAGCGCCGAGGUCAUUGUACCACGGGACCAGACACCAGAUGAAAACGAUGAUGUAUUUGUCAAGAUAAUUGGACAUUUCUUUGCCAGUCAGACGGCCCAACGCAAGAUCAGGGAGAUCGUUCAACAAGUCAAACAGCAAGAGCGGAAACACCAGCAAAUGCCGCAAACACCUUCUGAACAAUCAAAUUGAUCAGCAGAUGCCAGCAAGCAGCAGCUAAUGAAUGUAGCUCAUGCAAGGACAAAUCGAAAAUAAUUAAAAGAAAGAAUUAAAGAGAAAGAAAGAUUUAAAGAGAUAGUCAAAACGAGAAUGAGACAGAGCAGGAAGUAGAGAGAAGCUGAUAAAGAGGACCAGCAGUUAAAAACAACCAAAGAUCUUUAAGCACAAAAACAUGUUUUUUUGCGCAUGAAAACCCCCAAAAAGUGAUGAUUAAGAGUGUUGAGAAAGAGAUCUUUUUCAAAGAGGUCCUGAUAGCUCUUUUUAAGAAAGAUCAAGCUGAUGUGAAAAUAUUUGGAGGGGUUGUGCACUGUGAUGAGUGCUGGAUGUUAUGAUGGCACACUGCAGGUAAAUGUCUACAUGUGGAUUGUGCCCAAAGUAUACUUUGCCAUUUAUGUGUAUGCUAGGGUUUGUAUACAUUGCGUGUGAGAUUUCCUUGGAUUUCCUUGGAUACCUGACGUACUUUUAAUUUUAUAAUUAUUUGCAAGUCUGGCUUGCAUAGUUUUCAUAGUAUAACCAACAAGAUAGUCAUUAUCUUUUAGCACGAUCCCCUGACAGCAAGAUGGUCGCUGGUUCGCAUGUGUGUGAAUGAGUGUGUAUAGAUGUUUCCCAGUGAUGGGUUGCAGCUGGAAAGGCAUCCGCUGCGUAAAACAUAUGCUGGAUAAGUUGGUUGUUCAUUCCACUGUGGUGACCCCUAAUUAUUAAAGGGACUAAGCCAAAAAGAAAAUGAAUGAAUGAAUGUUUAACAUCAAACAGUAAGCUUCUACACAAUGUAUUUUGUAGCUUUAAAUUGCACUAGCCCUUCAUAUUUCAAUGGAUUUGACUGGCUGUCAUUGUUUUAUUGUUUAUUACCUGUAAAGAAAUUGUUCUGAAAGUGAUUCCAACAGUAUAGUUUUUCUAUAUCUUUAUUGUUGUAGCUGUGGUCUGAAUUCUGCGGUUUACAUUAGAACGAUGUCUUUAUUGUAAUUUUUCAAUUUAGUGCUUGGUGUGUAUGGCCCUUUAAUAAUAAUAAUAAUUCCUUACACCUAUAUAGUGCUUUUCUAGACACUCAAAGCGCUUUAUACAUUUUUGGGGGAAUCUCCUCAACCACUGUGCAGCAUCCACCUGGAUGACACGACGGCAGCCAUAUUGCGCACCACACACCAGCUGAUUGGUGUAGAGGAGACAGAGUGAUGAAGCCAAUUAUGGUAUGGGGAUGGUUAGGAAGCCAUGAUGAACAGAGGCCAGUGGGCAGAUUUGACCUGGAU